CGUCCCCUCUUUUUCCCAUCUUUCCUUUAUAGUUCCUCCUCUUCUUCCUCCUCACCGAAGCGAUCUGCUACCCGCCCUCUCCCGCCUGCCCGCUCACCAAGAUGUCGGCUUUCUCCGCUGCCAAGAUCCUCUCCCCUCCUCCCUUCGUCGCCCGGUUCGCCUCCGAGAAGUCGUUGUGCCCCUUCCUCUCGUCUCCCUCCGUCCCCGCCCUCACCCGCUCCGCGCUCAGGUCAAUUCGCCUCCUUCGCACUCCCCUGGCCGUAUCCUCUGACGUCGUCAUAGGCCAGAAACCGCUGGCCUCCAGCUCCUCCGCCACCCAGAAUGAGGACGUCGACCGCGAGGUAGCGUUGGUGCUUUACGAGGACAUGGUGUUGGGGCGCUUCUUCGAGGACAUGUGCGCGCAGAUGUACUACCGCGGCAAGAUGUUCGGCUUUGUCCACCUCUACAACGGCCAGGAGGCCGUCUCCACUGGAUUCAUCAAGCUUCUUGAAGCCCGGGAUUGCGUGGUCAGCACUUAUCGAGACCACGUGCAUGCCUUGAGCAAGGGCGUCGCUGCCCGUGCUGUCAUGGCCGAGCUUUUCGGCAAGACUACCGGCUGCUGCCGUGGCCAGGGCGGAUCGAUGCAUAUGUUCUCUUCGACCCACAACCUCCUCGGCGGCUUCGCCUUCAUUGGGGAAGGCAUUCCGGUGGCAACUGGUGCCGCAUUUUCUUCCAAGUACCGCCAUGAGGUGCUUAAGGAGUCUAACCCUAAUGGCCUUGAUGUUACCGUCGCCUUCUUUGGGGACGGGACAUGCAACAACGGCCAAUUCUUUGAGUGCCUUAACAUGGCGCAACUGUGGAAAUUGCCAAUUGUGUUUGUUGUGGAGAAUAACCUGUGGGCGAUCGGCAUGUCACACGUCAGGGCAACCUCGGAUCCGGAGAUCUGGAAGAAAGGCCCUGCAUUUGGCAUGCCUGGCUACCAUGUCGAUGGAAUGGACGUACUAAAGGUCCGGGAGGUAGCCAUCGAAGCGAUUGCAAGGGCAAGAAGGGGCGACGGACCCACACUCGUUGAGUGCGAGACCUACCGUUUUAGAGGUCACUCACUUGCCGAUCCCGAUGAGCUCCGGAAACCUGAUGAAAAAGCGCAUUAUGCUGCUAGAGAUCCUAUUGCGGCCUUGAAGAGCUACAUUCUGGAGAAGAACCUCGCAACUGAAUCGGAGUUGAAGGUCAUCGAGGAAAAGAUCGAUAACCUUAUCGAAGAUGCCGUGGAGUUUGCAGAUUCAAGUCCACAUCCUCCUCGAAGCCAGCUCUUGGAGAACGUCUUUGUCGAUCCCAAAGGAUUUGGGAUCGGGCCCGACGGCAAGUAUAGGUGCGAGGACCCUAAGUUCACGGAAGGCACAGCUCAAGUCUAAAUUUAUGUGCCAACGUGCCAACAGAAUCUUAGAUCAGUUAACCAGAGAUUUUGACAAAUAUCUUAUGUUGCACGCGUUCUCUUGGCUAUUUGCAGUCAUUAUUACCUUAUGUGAUUUAUUGUGUUUGGGAAAGCAUAAUGCACGAGUUUAUGAGAGUCCUUUCGAUUCUGCAUCAACGGGCAACGAUUGCUUGCUGCUUCGAUGCUGAAUAAGUUAAAGUGUUUAUUAGUGCUACUGUGAUUAUCAUAAGGGCAAAAAUUAAAAGAGCAUCUUAGAUGUAUCAA